GCAAUCCCGAAACGGAAUAAAAAAUCGAAAGUGGGGAUCAUUGGCCAGCCGCAGCUUGUCGCCAGCGGACGUCAAACGGCAAUCGGCUUAAGCGUGAUGAGUGAUCAACUGCUGAGCGCUGCCGCGGACGAUCCACCAGCACUAAUACCCACGCCCGUGUCAUUGCCCAGCGCAUACAGUAUCGAUGCAGAGUCCACGGAGCAGCCGGUGCUGCUUGAGCUGGGCGCCGCACAGCCGGCGGCGGCGGCGAUAGCGAGUCUUAACUAUACACUAGCACCAGAUGGAGGAGGUCUGCUCACCUAUACGGCCCCACAUGCGCACAGCCUCAACUAUUCGCCCACGUUCUCAUCCGGCUAUGAUAAGCAGCCACAUCCUCAGCACAAUCUCAGCCUGAUAGCUCCUGGUAUGGGCAGCGCAGCGUACAGCAUCAGCAUACCACAGACAGUGUCCAUGUGGCAUGGUGGCUGUGCGCCCAUUGUUGAACCAAAACGCAGUGAACUGGUCGCUGUGCCACCGCCCACAUAUAUGACCUAUAGCGGUGGCGGAAGCGGCGGUGCCGUGGAAGUGGAGAUCGCCAAGGAACAGAAUCCGGCAUGGCGCGAAAAGGCCUUACAAAUGGAGAAGGACUAUAGGCGCACGGCCUGUGAUCGGGAGCGUACGCGCAUGCGCGAUAUGAAUAAAGCCUUUGAUCUGCUGCGCUCCAAGCUGCCCAUAUCGAAGCCCAAUGGCAAGAAGUACUCCAAAAUCGAAAGUCUACGCAUCGCCAUCAACUAUAUUAAUCAUCUGCAGGCCAUGCUGCGUGAGAAUCAUGUUCUGCCCGAAACGGAAUUGGUUUCCUUCAAGUGCAGCAGCCGCUCCAUGCAGUACGAUGGCCAGGGCCAGCACCACAAUCACUCCGCCAGCUACGAAUAUGAGAACAGCGCCUCGGCGGCUACGUCCUCUCAAAAUGGUUGCACUUGGAGCGGGGGCAGCAGCAGUUCGCCCAACUAUGAAACCAAUUCCAAGGAUCAUUGGAACACGUAGUGUUCGUAAAUCAGCAGGAUUAAAGUGCAAUUGCCAAAGAAAGUUUCGGAUUUCAAAGUUUUCAUAGACGAACCUUUUUUGGUUUUGUAGAUAUCGCAUACCAGUGUACUAUGGAUAAUCUUACCUGUUCUUCCAGUAUAAGACAAAAUAAAUUUUAUUCUCGAUAAAGCUAAAUGCAACAGCCGACCUGUCAACAUUGGGGGUAGCCGUAUUAUUUGUUCAGCUUGGCUAUUGUAAUCUUAAGCUAAGUUCGCAAACCUUUGAUUUUUAGAAAAAAUGAAAAA